CUAUCAACUACAGUCUAAUAAGUGGCACUUACAGAUUGCACACGGAGACAAUUCAAGAUUGGCAAAGGUGGGAAAAAGAUAUUUCAUUCUGAAAAAAGUAAUGCUGGCAUUUUUUUUCUUUUCUUUGAGUGCGAGGAGUCAAGCAUAGAAUCUAAACUUUAAAGGCCAUUGCAAGUCUCUUGAAAUCUCCCGAUCUAAUUAAAACUGGGCACCCAACGACGGUUUCCUCCCAAAUGCACUGAAGACGCUUCUAAGGCUAUUCAGAGUUCUUUUAGAUCUCUAGAAAUGCAUUCUAACUGGCGCUAUAAAAUUUGUAUCUGUUCGGUCAUACUAGGGGCAACUUGAGUCUUUUUUGAUUUUCCCGAAAUUUUAAGAUGCAGUUUUAUGCUUUUUGAAAGUGAAAAUUUGCCGAUUCCUCUCUCCAUCGCAUUUUCGAAUCCUAAAGUUUUAGGUUUUCUUUUUCUACUAAAAAUAGCCUAACCUGGGGAGUGAAAGCAAAAAAUUAAACUAGAAAAUCGUGGGGGAUUUUUUCUAGUAGAUAAGUUUUAAAAAUUGUACAUGAAUGGAACGGUCAUCCAGAAAUUUUUAGCCCUCCUCAAGCAACAGAAAAUUCUAGGCAAUAUUUAUUCUAUGACAUUUUACAGAAAACAGUCGUUGGGUGCCUCUGAUAACAUCUCUCAAAAAUAAUGCUUCUUCAAAAUACAAGUUCGAAGAAGCCUAUACUGCCUCAGCAAAAUUUUUUUUAACUCAGGAAAGGCUUAGACAUUUCAGUUUAAUCGACUGUUCAUCCGUUUGAGUUUCACAGUUUUUUUCGAUUAUCUUCCGUGCGAUUUUCGAAAGAUGCGUUUUCAGAUCAUUUUAACACCUGAUCUGGCUAUUAUUUGGAAGAACGUACUCCUAAAAUUUUUGGUUUCGAAAAAAGGGACGUUAAACGCUAUCCAAAAAUCUUUAGCUUUAUUUUUCACUUACUGUGAAAGAUAUAAUCAUGAGUUCGUUAAGGCAAAGAGAUUCUCUUUUUUCUUUUUGUCGCAGUGAAUAUGUGUUCGACUAUCGUGUUUGCUAUUUCCCUCUUUGCUAUCUCGUCCGCCGUGGGUGAACCUAUUCGCCUGGAUUUGUUACGCCGAGGUGGCACUGGUGAUGCUGAGGCUUUUCAAGAGAUUUGCGAUUGUCUUGGCGAUGGAUACGUGGCUGGUGCUGAUGAAGUAGCGCUUAAGCCCCCGAAAACAGAAGCAGAAAGAGCAGACAGAGUGUGUACUUUUUUUGGGGUAAGUGACAUACCCACAGUUAUCUUUUCAGCGUGGAAUUAGUUUGUUAUAAAUACUUCAUGUUAAACAGGCGGUGGUAGGGCUAGAUACAAAUAUCCGGAUAUUUUUAAAGAUAUUUAGAAGAUUUUGAGAUAUUUAGAAAAUCUCAUGAUAUUUAGGAAAACAUUUGUGAUAUUUAGAAUUUUGUUACGAAAAAAGUACUGAAAUCAUGUUUUUCUAGGAAGCUACUUCAAUGCUAAUUAGGGCAUGGCAUUUCAGUGACAGAAAUUCAAACAAAUCUCCACAUAUGGGCCUGUUGUAAUCAGAUGAUUCAGCAACAUUCUCCAUUUAUGAUAUAUGCAGUCUGGCUAAUGUUCAACAAAAUGGCUGAAAUUUGUGUUGCUAUUUUAGAUGACUGGCUAUUUUUUUUGUGUUUUUACUGUAAUAUUUAUGAAAUGAAACCAGAUAUUUUUGAGAUAUUUAGAACGUUUCCGAGAUAUUUAGAAAAAAAAUUGGGAAUUUCUGGAAACAUAUUUAGGUGAUUUUUCGUGAUAUUUGUAUCUAGGCCUAGGCGGUAGCGACUAGCUCGUAGGUGCACCUAUAAACUAUCAAAAAAAAAUGAUGAAUGCCACCCGUUUUCAGAACCCCAAAUUCAUCUUACUUCUUUUUGAUCAUGUUCUCUUUUUUUGUAGAAAUUCCACGAAUGCCUUGUGGGGAAAAUUAACAAUUCACCGGGACCAGUUAAGAAGAUUAUGUACCUUUCCGCAGCUUAUGAAUACCAGCACCUUUAUAUCGCUCAACAAGUCGGCUUGUGUGCAAAUGUGCCGAUUAUGCCGAUAAAAUCCAUCGCAGAAAACUCAGGUAUGACCGUUCGAAAGCCCACACAGUCUAAGACGUACAGGCGCUCUGGGAGCUAGAUAAGAGACCUGUAAAUUAUACUUCGAUUCUACUGACUGCGAGGACUAAUACUAAAAAAGCGCGCGCGUGAAUCAGCGCCGUUUUGGCGGGAAAACUUGAUAGUCAUCAUUCUACUACACUUUUAGCGAAAAUGUCGUAGUGAUGGAGACAAGUUAUCAAAUGGAGGAAGUUUUAUCAUUUUGCGAUAGGAAGAGGGCUUUAAUUCUUUCAAUAAAAUAACCAUGUUUUUUUUUUUCUGGUGAACAAAACUUUCCGGGGUGUCAAUUUUUGAAAAAAUUUGGAGAAAAACUUUAAGUAUAAUGCCGUCCUCGUGUUGUCCUCUUUCCUUCAAUCUGAACAUCUCUAAGUUAAGAAGAGUUAAACGGCGAACGAGGCUUUGCCUUCACGUAACCCAUUUUUCUCUCUAACAGUUAAUGUUCAUUAUAUCUGCGCAAAAUUAUAAAGCAGUUUUGUGUCAGGUUCACCUAUAACAACUAGUUUGGUCAGUUUUAACCUGCCUUUUCCAAAUAAGAGAAACUGUUAACUUGAAUCUCUCGUUUAUCGUUUCAAACGUGAAUCUAAACUUUUCUAUUGAAUUGCUCCCACGCAAAGCGCGCGCGUUCGGUCUUGCCGAUAGGGGGAAAACUGUAAUGUACACACAUUAAAUUUCGUUUGAGUGGUUAAACUUCUCGACUUUUUCACAGCUAUAAAAUGCAUCUGUUAGCUAUUUUGAGCCGUUUUUCAGACCGAAGUGACAGCUUUUCCUACAGUUUCAUAUACUUCAACUAGUGAAAUGCCUACCCUUUCAUAAACCUGAAGUCGAAAGAUGGUUGGAGGAGUAGCUGAUAGAAACGUGGUAGUGCGUACUUGAUGAAUGGACAUGACAUUUUUCAUUUCUUUCACUUUGAACUGUAGGUAUUAUGGAACAGGGUGGCUGGAAGAAAAUUGGUAAGUUCGCUGAUGCCUACUUCCCUUAAGGAAUUUUUGACCUUUCGUAAACGGCCGAUUCCAUCAUUGCUAUCAUGAUCAAGCCUUGAGUCAUAUACGUAAUAAAGUUUAAUUAAGACGAAAUAUAUUUUUAAAUAGUCUUAGAAAGAACGGAGUUUGAUCCCUCGGUUAAUUCUUCAUAACCAGCUGGCGUUGACCAAAUUUCCCUCCUAGUACAAUCGAUAGAGUCGAUAAUCGAUAAAAAUCGAUAACUAUCGAUAAACUCGAUCGAUUCAAUAGAAAAUCGAUAAAAAUCGAUGGAGGAAAAAUUUGUUGCUAAUCGAUAACUAUCGAUUCUAAUCGAUUCUUAUCGAAGUUAUGGAUUUUAAUCAGUGGUUAAAUUUCCAUGUAUUUUAGCGAAAAUAUUGGGAAAGAACCUUGUUUUCAGGAACAUAAGUACAUUAUGUGGGUUUGGACGGGUAAAUUUAUGGCGAAUUACAUUCAGUAUUCUCACGAAACGUUUUUGGCCUAUCAACACGGCGUUAAUGGUCGAUUUUUACUUCCGCCGAAUCUCAUUGGGCUCUUUCGGGGGGAGAGAUGGGAGGAGAACCGGGAUGCGGGUUAGGGAAAGAAAACGGUGACGGGUAGAGGUUACAGACGCCUCGGGAUACGGGAUCAGGGACCCACAUUCCAGACCAACAGGUAAACGGCGACAGCUUUUCGCAGGGGAACCCAGGGGAACCCAGCGACUGUUUUCUGUAAAACAUCUGUUCGAAGAAGCAAAUAUUUGCUAGACUAGCAGUAAUCGUGGAUUUUUGUGCGUCGCCUUAGGUCUCUCUAAUGAAGCUCGGUUUUCUGGUUCAACAGCGAAGGUAACUGUGUCUAGUACACAACAUUUGUUUGGCGCAAUGGCCACCGAGUACAUUGACUCGGUUUAUUUGUUUUGUGACCGCAAUUUGUCAGAGUGCGAGUGCAAUGACUCCGUUAAACUGGUACGUACGUGAAUGGGUCAUUGUGCUCAAUGGCCAGCGGGUACAACGACUCGUUUCAUUUGAUCGACUGAUUUUAUUUGACUGAGUACGAGAAAUCCUUACUUUUGACUAAGUAAAAUGACUCGUUUCACUUCUUUUGUGCCAAGUACGGCUCAGUUCAUUUGAAUGAGUUCCAUUUUUAAGAUUUGUGUUAGCAGCAGCAUGAUAGAAUAUGCAGUUUGAACAUCAGGCGUCGCAAAAGCUCCAGGAAUAGUGAAUACUUCCCUGAUCAGCCUUUGAUGUAGGAAAGAUUUAGAAAAGAAAAGAUUGAUUUGGCCUCGAAGUUUGUAGAGUUCACGAAGAAGCUAGCCUGGGAUGUGCAGACAUAUUUCCGGUCGUCGCCUCUCUCCCUCCGAAAUUUUCGGACAAAUAAAUAUUAAAUAUUAAAUAUUUUCGGUGGGAGAGAAGCGACGACCAGAAAUACGUCUGCAGUUCGCAGGCUACGAGGAAGCAAGAAGAGAUCCCAAAUUAAACGUCGAGGAAGCAAAGAUCUAAAGGUUGCGAAACGCGCUAGGAACGGGAACGCGGUGGGAAUGGAUACUUUUAUGACCAAACGUACUAUUGUGACGUUUCAAAAUGGCGCAUGGCACGCUGGGCUUAAUUACUUGCUGCAUGCCGAUUGUGACGUUUCAAGAUGGCGCAGAUUUGGAACCAACACACCAACAACCUCUUUUCUCGAUUUCUCACGCUUGGAAAAUGCACAGGCCACCCACGAACACACAGAACAGCCAACGACUCAAUUAGAAAGCGUCUCAUUCGUCGACACAAAUAUUCUAUUGCUUGAGAACGGCUAAGAAAUUCUAGAUGACGUACCGUUCCAUUCAUGUACAAUUUUUCAAGCUUAUCUAAUCAAUUCCAUACGAUUUUCUUGAAUUUAAUUUUUCAUAUUUCACUCCCCAGGAAAGGCUAUUUUUCGCAGAAAAAAUAAACCUAAAAUUUUUGGAUUCGAAAAUGCCAUGGAGAGAGGAAUCAGAAAAAUUCUCUCUUUCAUUUUAAACGUUAAAUUGCAUCUAAAAUUUUCGGAAAAAUCAUACUGAAGCCCUUGUAAUUUCGAAGAGGCUCAAGUUGCCCUAGGAUGACCGAACAGAUACACUAAAAUGUAAUAGAGCGCCUUGGAAUGCUUUUCUACAGAUCCAAAAGUACUCUAGAUAGCCUAAAAAGUGCAUAUUUUUAAAGUAUUUACAGGUAAACUGUCGUUGGGUGCUCCUGUUUUCGGGUCGGUUAAUUAUCGGGACUUUCGAGAAACGGGCCCCAGAUCCAAAAGAUAGACGGUAAUCGAACCUACCUCAGGACAGAUUUACAUAUGUUUUUCAACAGACGGUAAACCUGAAAAGUGCGUGGGAGAUCGUAUGCGACACUGCUUCAGCAAUAUGGAGCUAUCCUUCGAGGGACAGAACAACAAAGUGAACCCAAGCUUCCAAUACCUCGAGUGCUAUGAAGCCGAAGUUCCUAAGCCAGCGUGUGAUCCCCCUUCGAAGAUAUUGGAGGCUUUUGAGUACAACGGUCGUAAAAUUGUGAAAGUGGAGUGGGACCGAAUUCAGGGUCGUUGAUAGAGAUAGUUUAGGGGCUUGAAUUCAUGUAGUGAUCGUAUAGUUUAAUUUAGAAAAGUAAUAGAUUUGUAUAAUCAACUCUUGGUUGAUACAACAAAUUAAAAACCUUACUUGGUAUUCUAAGACAGUCGCCAUAAGCUAAGCCACGCAUCCAUUCUUUGUGUCAUGAUGACCCAAACAACGGCUGUGAAGUCUCUUAGUUUUCUUCAAAGUUAAAAUAUCCAAAGGUGCAGCAAUAGCGAAACGGCUGCAAGCAGCCCGGCAACGAAGCCCUGAAAAGCGCUCGCCUGAAAAGUGUAUUUGCUCCGCCUCGCGAACUUGGAAUAAAAUGAGAACUCUUUGCAUUAAAACUACGAGAUUUCAGCGGUAAAAGAUGCAAAAAGUGGAGAGUAUGACUAAGUCGAUUAUCGUUUACUGGUCAAAACUUCGUGUACCGGACACAGAUGACUUAAGGCAAAAGAUAUCUUGUUUUCUGUUAACGGAAAACUCUGCUAAGUAUUGUUUCUUAGUUUUUAUUCUUUGCUUUACGUCAUCUGUGUCCAGUACACGAAGUAAAUGCCCCUUUAUUGUUCAGUCGCGCGCAAGAGUCUCUUCGCAGCAGCUCUAUCGACGGAAAUCGACCUUAGCAUUUCCAGUCGAUCAUCCAUUUUCUUUUUUGUUUAAGGUCUCUUUCUGUUAUAUCAGCUCCGAGAUGAUUGUAUGAAAUACAACAGCAGUUUUUUGAACCUUUAGUGAUAUCUCGUAAGAGACACGUUGACUUGUAGCAUCAUUGAAAAGCCCGCCAUAACUAUAACCAUGAACUGCUAUCGUUUUAAAGGGAUAAGGUGACACUUUUACGGGUUGUGCUUGUAAUAGGUAUAAAUUGGGGAUAAUAAAGUGAGUAAUGUGC